AUGACUUUUCAACGGGAAAUAUGCUUGGUCAUCUUUGGUCUAAGCAUCGAAUUGAUAAAGACCAUCCUGAAGAAACAAAUACUGAUGGCUCUAUCGUUAAAGGCUAUGUAUAUUAUCACUAAACAGAAACAAGAAAAACUAGCACAAUUAUUAGUCGAAUUUAUCAUUGAGGAUUGUCAACCUCUUCAUAUUUUACGUAGUUCAACUUUUUGUCGACUUUUAAAUAAUAUGGAACCUGAAUUUCAGAUCCCUUGUCAAGUAACAGUGAAAAAAAUGAUUGAUCAAGCUUACGAUUGGAGUCGUAAUCAAUUAUUUGAUUACCUUGUUUUAAUGUUACCACUAAAAUCUGAACGGUGCGACAAACUUGAUGGCGAAUAUUUAAAACUAAUAAACCUAACUAAAAAUGAAUGUCAAUUAUUAGAUGAUCUUAUCCCAUUACUAAAGCCAUUCUAUGACACUACCACUAUAUUUUCUGGUUCAAAUUAUCCUACUCUUAAUCUCAUUUACCCGACAAUGAGAUUGCUUAUUAAGGAAUUUAUGCCUUUCUAUGGACAAACUGAAGAUGAUUAUGCUAACUUAUUAUUUGGGCCUAAGGAUAUAAUAGAUGAUCAAGAUCAAUUAAUUGCUGAUAAUGAAUAUUCUGAUAAAUUGGAUGAAGCAGAAAUAGAUGAUGAUUCUGAGACACUAAUGGUUUUAGAACAACUUCGGCAACCAUUACAAGUAUCAAAAGGACGAAAAAAAAAACAGGAUCGUCGCAGCAGAAAUCAAAAUAAUACUUAUCAAAAAUAUAAUGAUCCACGAUUUAAGGGUCGUCGGUUAAUAAAGCAUCCUGUUACUACCAAAGAAUUGAAUGAUUUGGUUAAAGCUGCAAGUUAUCUUUCUCUUCAACAAUAUUGGGAAGUCCCUGAGGAAGUUAGACUUGUGGCAUCAUUUUUGGAUCCACAAAUAAAGAACCUGAAAUUUAUUGGUAAUGAAAUCGUAAAAAUAAACAUAAUCAAUACGGUGCAAAAACUUUAUAUUAAGAAAGAAUAUCGCCAACCUUCA